AUGGCUCUCGAUUCGGCCUUUGCUGAUUUGGCGGAGCGCCUCAAAGGAAUAAAUCUGGAUUCCGAAACGACCGCGUUGGUGCUGACUAGCUUUCUCAAGGAGCGACAAGCACAAGCAGAGCGGGAGGAGCGACAAGCAGCAGAGCGGGAGAAGCGACAAGCAGAGCGGGAGGAGCGACAAGCACAAGCAGAGCGGGAGCGACGAGCAGAGCGGGAGCGACGAGCAGAGCGGGAGCGGGAGCGGGAGGAGCGAAACGCAGUGCUCGAGUGCCUCGUGCAAGAUUUUGCGCCUCCUCAAGGCUAUGACCUCGUGAAUCAUCUAGCAAGCAUGUCGGUCGACAAAGUUUCCUUUUUGUACACUCUCUGCAAGAAAAACCGUCUUACUUGCGACCAGCUUGAAAUCUAUCUGCACAUUCCUGAACACAAGUGGACCCCGAAGGGAGCCUCGUUGCCCUCGAACGUGGAGGCCAAAGUGCCCACGAUGUCACCCUCACAAACCCCGAAAAUUAGCGACAUCAACCACGACCACUUCAUUGCCCCUGCCCUUGCUGCGACUUCGGCCCAGGUUGCUGUCUCCAGCCCAUCUGAGACGGAGCCGUUGGCUGACACAUCCGCAUCCACCCUCGCCACCAAGCUGGCGCCAGUGAGAAACCCCAUUUACUUGGUACACCAGGCAUCUCUUGGCUCAGCCAACAUGCACGCUGACUGGGUGGGGUUUGACGUCCUGCUGCGACCCGUCAUCAUGGGCGAGUGCAAAAUGAGCGCCCAGCACUUUGACGAAUUUGGUGGCCAAGUGGGCAACGAGGUUGUGCGCCUUGGCCUCUUAGGACCGAAAUACAAAAUGCGAAAGGACAGGCAGCACCCACUUCACCCCUUCAUCAACAUUAAUGUGUGUGGUGACAUUGUGACCGCUUAUCUGGUCCUGCACUUGACCAGCAGUAACAUGGUUGCCACGAUUCAAAAGAUGAAGGGCCUUGAGAAGGAAUACUACGUGGCUUUUCUCCGACUUGGAUCCGCCCAAAUCUCCAAAAACCGCGCCGACCAUCAGGCUGUCUGGGCGCUUUUGACCGCUUGCAGAGAGUUUGUGACGGGUCGCCAGCAUCAGAUUAUCGAAAGCGGUCAUCGAUUUCCGCUUUCCUCCGAGCCCUUUCCCUGCCCGGCUCGGGGCAUGGCCGGAUGGACCUGCAAGGAAACGUACGGGCCCAAUGUGCAGCAGUACGUGCAUGACAGUGCGGGCUCGUGGGUCAUCAAGCACUACGACUAUUGGGGCCGCCAAGCCGAGUCUUUGGGUACAACAAUGUACCAGAUUGGCGAUGACACUGCCCGCCUCCCACCAUCACGCGAUCUGCUCCGUGCGCUUGCCGAGUUGCCAGAGACGGGCAAGUUUUACCAGGCGUGGGUGUUGGAGGACCUUGCGACGAGCUUGGUGCUUCUCCGGUACCCACGAGUACAGACGGCCCCGUGCGGCCGUCAGGUGCCAAUGCAGCUGAUCGAUGUCAUGAAGCAGGUGCAAACGCAGCAAAGGCCGAAGCCGAUGGCUUUCCUGAUUGAUUUCGACCUGGGUGGGCCCUGUGAUGAAGCAACGUAUGGACCUCGUUACAACUACCAAGGCGGCCUUGAAAAUUACCGCCACGCCAAUGCCAGGCCCGGCGAGCGUUUACAAAAGGAGCACGACACCUAUUCUUUGGCACGUGUGGCCGAAGAUCUGCUCGAGGACAACGACGCCCGUAAACGGCUGGUCAGGGCGUUGGAGGCGGUCAAGUUGGACGAGGCGAUUGAGUUGUGCAGAGCCUGCACUGGGCGUUCAAGCACAAGCGUGAUCGCUACGGCAUCAGGUAGUCCACCACGCAUCAAGUCUUAAUCCAACUCUCUCCUACCUUGGCAAAUGUUGUCCUUUCCCAGAACCAGCUUGAUUCGGUUUGAGCGGACGCCGCGUGGCUAUUCAAUCAUGUCAAGUGUGUCGGGGCUCGGGCUCGGGCUGUGUUUUCAUGUGGUGCGGGUGCCCUGCUCAACCCAAGAAAGAAUCGUAUGGUCGUGCAAUGGUUUGAAUACUCCGGAUGCCAUGGCAAUUCAGACUCAAGCGC